AUGUUUUCAACCUGUAGAUUUCUUUUAAAUAGAGUUGGUCAAACCACCAAUCCAUCAACUAGAAUCAACCCAUUUUUUUUACAACCACAACAACAACCAAAACAAUUAAUAAAUAAAACCAAUGUUUUCUCAAGCAUCAAUAGAAAAUCAUUUGACGAAGAAGAUAUUGUUAUUAUAGAGGAUAAUAUUGAAAUCACUAUAGCACCACCAUCACCACUCGAAGUUGACCCAUUAAUUUUUUCACUUAUUAGCCCAUUCCAAAAUAUAGAUAUUAAUGAAGAUUUAGAAAAUAUAGAUGAAGAUGUUUAUGAAUGUGCCACUAAAAGAACAUAUCAACCAUCAGUUCUCAUUAGAAAGAGAAGACAUGGUUUCUUAAAAAGAAUGUCAACUAGACAAGGUCGUAGAGUUAUUGCAACCAGAGUUGCUCAAGGUCGUAAAAGAAAUUCAGCUUAA